AUGGCUGAAGGGUCAACAAAAGUUCGGUUAGUUCGUUGUCCAAAGUGUGAAAAUCUCUUACCAGAACUUCCUGACUACUCUGUGUACAAGUGUGGUGGUUGUGGUGCUGUUCUUCGAGCAAAGAAGAAAGUGACUGUAAAUGGUGGGAUAUUGGAGAAGUCUGGAAUGGAGAGGGAUGAAGAGGGUUUUGGGAAAUUGGAGAGUUUAUCAGAUAAAGAAGGUGAUGUUGUGGGUAAUGCAUCUGAGACAGAGAGGGAGGGUGAUAGGAUUAAAAAUAAUAGGAGAAAAGGAAGAAUUUUAAAAGAAAGAACUGUGAAUUUUGUUAAUAAUCCUUUGUCGGAAGCAGAAAAUAAAGAGGCUUUGGCUGCUAAUAGCAACACAGAUGUGAUGGAACAGGAUAUGGUUUGUCAGAGUGGUGCAGAGAAAGAGAAACCUUUGAAGCACCUUGUUGAUAAUAGGAUUCGCAGAGAUGAUAAUGGCAUGAACAUGAAUAGAUCUGAGUCAGUUAGUUCAAGUAGAGAGAAAGGUACUCGAGAAAUUUCAGCACACUUUAAGAGUUCUGCUGAGUUUUUGAGGCCAGCAUGGGGCUCAGACAGAGAGAGUUUUGGGGGAGGGAACCUUAGAACGUCUGUCAGACGAAGCAAAUUUCCAAAUUUUGCUUAUCCUGACGAGGGACCUUCAAACCAUCAUUUGGGUUCCACUUCUUAUGGAUCCAGCCAGCCAGUGAAGAAUUAUUACAAUCCUGACGGGCCUGACAACAUUGCAUAUUUAGAGCAGGAUCGAGCUGAGCUUCUUAGGAUGUUGGAUGAGUUACAACAGCAACUCAGCCGAUCUGGUUCUAUGGGUGAGAAACAGAGGGAAAGGAUUCCUAUGGACAGCAAAAUAGCUCCUCGUGAUCCUUAUUGUGGUCGUGAUACUUACAAUAGUUUGAUGCUUCCUUUGACUCCAGAUAAGCAUGUUGCAAACCCCCCUUGUUUCAAGCACUAUGGCCGUGGACUUGCUCCCUAUAUGAACAGUCAUGACAUGGAUAUGCAGAACUUCUACAUUCCAUCAAGGAAUUCUCCAAAUGAAAUGCUAGCUUAUGAGGAUCUAUAUCAGCAACAAACCCCCAGGAUGCGUACCCAUCAACCACCCGGACAAUACUUGCGUCAACCACCUUGUGAUAACUUUGCAGGGCAAUAUGUUGAUGUCAGUCACGAACCUCUCGUAUCGUAUGCCCGUGAGAGCUUGCAUCACAGACCUGCAUGCCCCUGUAUUCAUUGCUACAACAACUGGCAUAUUCCUUCACAAGCCUUACCCACUACUUUUGGCAAUAGAAAAUCCCCAAACACCUCAACUGAUUCCAAUUUUAAUCACCAUGUCAAUUCUGUGACAUAUGGGCUACCGCUUUACCAUCCUCAAGCAAAUCCCCCUGCAUUGAGUUCACGGGAUCCACAUGUAAUAUGGCCAAGUGAUGUUGAAUCAGAUAUGGAUGGCUUUCCUCAGAGUCACUCUAGAAAGGUGGUGAUAGCCCGUGGAAAUAAACGGCUUUGCCGUCUCAUAGCUGGUGGUGCCCCAUUUAUAAGUUGCUAUAAUUGCUUUGAGUUACUAAAACUGCCUAGAAAACUUGAAGUGAAGGAGAAGAACCAGCAAAAGCUGCGAUGUGGUGCUUGCUCAGCACUUAUCUUGCUUGAAAUAGAAAACAAGAGGCUGGUUACUUCUGUUCCUGCAGAAAACAAGAAAAUAUUGGUCAGGGCUGAUGGUGCCUCACACGAGGUGUCUAAAGAAGUGUUCUUGAAGUCUGAUGGCUGUUUGAAUGCUGGUGCUACAAAUUGCCCUGAUGAUUUUGACAAUCCCGGGCAUGACUUCCAGUCAGCAGAUUUGAAAGAUGUACUCUCAGAAGAACAGAAGCUAAACUCAAGCAAACAUGAGAAAAGGCAGGGCCUUACUUCAUCAUCUUCUAGUUCUUCUGAGGAAGAGGAGAACCUAGAUGGUAUGGCUGUUCAGAAAGAUUUUUCCUAUGCUGAUGAGCCGCCCAUAAAAGAUGAAGUGCCUUCAACAUUUCAAAGCUCACCUUCCCGAGAGCAUUCUGGUGAUGUCUUAUCUAGUCAUGCAGAAAACAAAUGUGAGAAAGGAAACACGGUAGGGUGGACAGAGCAGGAGAAUGUUAUACUUGAGAAGAACAUUUCUCGGCAGACCUCUGUGAAAGAUGUCUCAAUGGCAACCGAAGUGGAAGUUCCUUUCAAUGAAUACCUACAUACCAGUGUAUCUCAAGACUCUGUAGAGGUAAGCAAAGAAGAAGAUCAGUUGAGGAACAACAAGGGGAGUGAACCAUUCUUGGUGGGUCUCAUUAAAAAGAGCUUCAGGGAUUUCUCAAGAUUUAAUCAACACGUGCAUAAUGAAAAACCUGACAUUUUAAUUAAUGGGAAACCCAUUUCGGAUCGCAUGGUCAAAAGGGCUGAAAAGCUUGCUGGGCCAAUUCAGCCUGGAGAUUACUGGUUAGUUUCUGCAUUCCCUCGGAUAUUGUUUGUUGCAUUACUUGUGGAUGCAACGUUGUGCUCAUAA